AUGAAAAACAUUAAAAAUUUUGGAAAAUAUUUUGUUUCUUCUAAUAAUUAUAAAGCUAAAGAUAAACAUAUUCAAUAUGUUAAAAAAGCUUAAUUUCCCAAAGUUGAUAAGAUUAAUAUUGUAGCUAAAUAAUUAAUCAAAGAAUAAUAUGAUGGUUCUUAUAUGAAAUAAUCAAUGGAAGAUACCAUAAAAUCAACAAAUCCUUUAAAUAUUUAUAAAAAAAUGGAUACAUCUAUUGAAGGAUUUUUUCAAAAAAGAUCAUAUACUAUAAAGAAUUUUAAUUUUUUACUUUAAAUAUAAUCAGAAAAAAGAGAUAUUGAAGGAGCUGAAAAAACAUUCGAAUUAAUGAAAGCUAUGGAUAUUAAAGCUGACCCUUAUACAUAUAAUAAUAUGAUAAAAGUAUAUUCAAAAAGCUUAAAAUUAGAAAAAGCAGAAUAUUAUUUUGAUAAAGCUUUAUAAUGUAUAUUUCUAAAAAAAAAAAAUAUUAUUUAUUAUAUAUAAGAAUUUGGUGCAAAUUUACAUUUAUAUACAUCUUUAUUAUUGGGCUAUGCUAGAAAAGGAGAUGCCAAAGAAGCUGAAAGAAUAAUAAGAGAAAUGAAAGAAAAAGGGCUUUAAUUAGAUAGUGCAGCUUAUACAACAUUAAUUAAUGGUUUCUACAAAUCAUAGAAUUUAACUAAAUGUUGGGAAACAUAUAAUGAUUUAUAAAAAAAUAAUAAAUAGCUAUUAGAUAUCCCUAUAAUAUCAUUUAUGAUAGAAAUAGCAGCACAUGUAAACAAUUUAAUAUAUAUAUUUUUUUAUAAAAAAAAGACAAAAGAUGCUGAAAAAGGAAAAAUGUUAUGGAAUAAAUUAGAAUAAUUUCCUAAUUUUUACCCUACAACCAUUCAUUACAAUAAUAUAAUAAAAUGUUUAGGAAGUAGAAAAGAUUAUGCUGAUGAAGCUAUUGAAUUUUGGGAAAAAAUGAAAAUUACAGGCAUAAAUCCUGAUUAAGAUACUUUUGUACAUCUUUUUAAAGCCUGUGAUAAUGCCGGUGAUGUAAAAACAGCAUACGAUGCUAUAUAGAUAAUGAAAAAUAACAAUAUAUAAUUAAAUCAAUAUAUCCUUAAUAGUUCUCUUAAAGUAUACUCUGGGGCUAUAAAGACAGAUUUAAUGACUUCUGAAUUAAUCGAUAUAUACUUGAACGAUUCUUGGAAAAUAUUUGAGAAGGCAAAAGAACUUAAUAUGGUAAAUGUAUAUAUAAUUAAUUCCCUUUUAUAUGUACAUGUAGCAGCAAUAAAAGAUGAUAAAAUUGAUGGGCUUGUUUUACCUUUAUAUGAUUAAUAUGGUAUUAAGAAAAAUGAAAAAACUUAUGAAUUGCUGAUGGAACUGUAUUUUUAGAAAAAAGAUUUGAAGUAAAUUUAUAGACUACAUGGAUGGAUGAAGGCUGAAGGACUUAAAGAGAAUUGGUAAAUUUUAAAUUAUGUGAUGGAUGCAGCAUAUAGGAGUUCGGAUGUGUAAGUUAUGGGAGAAAUGCUUGAUAAAUUUUAGGAAAUUAAAAAAGAACCAAGGUAGGUUUUUUUAAAAAAACUUGGUUAGGCUAAGUAUUUGCCGGAUGAACUUUAUAUCAAAUUAAAGAAAUUUAAAACUUAAUUUGGAUUUGUUUAAAAUAAGAACUACAAAAAAGUUGACCUUUUUAAAAAAUUAAGGGGAAAAAUACUAUAAACUUCUAAAAAAACGCCUUGA